AUGAUUGUCGGAGGCGUUGAAUUGGAUGAUAAGCUUGUUUACACGCUUGCCGGGCUGGGCGUUGCUAUUGGUUUGUAUGCCAGCACUCAGUUGCAGCCUCAACAGCACGCAGACACGCACACACCCACGCAACAAAACUCACAAAAGAAUAAGAAAGUCGGCGCUGGUAAGAAUAAGAAGAAGAGCAAGAAUACCACGCCUGCUUCUUCCGGUAGUCACGAGAGUGGUUUGAAGCAGCAGCAACAACAGCAGCCAGCAAAGAAGAAUGCUCAACAGUCAGCUCAACAGCCAGCCCAGCAACCAGCCCAGCAACCAGCCCAGCAACCAGCCCAGCAACCCACCCAAUCUAAAGCAUCCAAGAAGAAAGCAAAAGCAGCACAGCAGCAGCAACAGCAAUCAGAACAACCACAACAACCACAACAACCACAACAACCACAAAAACCACCCACCCACACCACCAACAAACUCACCACCGGAGAAUUCAAUGAUGUAGACUCAGGCGAGUGGACUACCAUCAACUCAAAGAAGAAGGCAACCACUCCAACCACUGAGAAGACUGGUUUCAUUGAAGCGUCUGCCGUACCUCAAGAAGCCUCAUCUACCUCACCACCACUCGACCAAGACGCCUGGGAUAGAGCACCUGUCGUGUCUGCACAGUCUGCCCUCAAUCCCGACAGCCAAAUAUACCAAGACGGCGACUGGACGUGGAGUGAGAAGGGUGGUGUUUCCAACCCCACUAACACCUUUAACACCCCGCUCGCUGAAUCUACCCUCCUCCAGACCCAUAAUGCCAUGGACAUGCUCGAUGACAGUCUCCAACCUGACCAGACGCACGCUCGCGUCAUGCGUAUUGCCAAAGACGUCAAACACACUCCCUCUGCUGACGACGGCUGGACUAUGGCUGGAUCCAAGAAGGUCGGCGUUAGAGAUGAACCAGUAGUUCCACCUCCCCAACCUCAACCGCCAUCACAGGAAGAACAAACAAAAAAACAGCGCCAGAACGCUAAGAAGAAGGAAGCGAAAGCUGCCGUGAAGAGUCUCAACGAGAAAGAGAGACAAGAUUCCCUCCGCCAACAUAGACAGCAGCAGGGCCAGGUUCAGGGUCAGGGCGUUAUGAAGACAUCCUCCAAGAACCCUUGGGAAGUCCUCGCGCGUCGCGGAGACUCUGAUCUUAUUUGGGAUUAG